ACAUGGAGGCGCACACAUAAACACACACUGAGACGGAGCUGAGCGGGGAGUAUAAAAGAGGCUUCCUUCCCGCUCUUCGGAGAACUGCUCUCCUCACUCUCAUACUCUGCUCACACGCUCAACUUCUCUCCUCAAGAUGACCGCUGGCCUGGGAGUGUGUGUGGUGCUGGCAGUUUUGUGCACAAGCUGCUUGGGGCUCCCCGUCUCCUCAGCACCCUCAGAUGAGGGCCAGCACUCCCUCUCAGCUCCUUCUGAAGUUGCUCUUCCUGAGGCCGACACCAAAAGUUUGGAUGGCGCCCACGUCCGACAUAGCCGUUCCACCACGCAGCUGAAAGACCUUCCCGGGGCUGAGGAGGAUGGAGAUUCACGGGCAAACCUCAGUGAGCUGCUGGCAAGACUCAUCUCCACCAGGAAAGGUUCAGUGCGUAGAAACUCCUCAGCAAACAACAGAGGAGGCGUCCUGCGGGCCAACCACCGGAUAGCAGACAGGGACUACUUGGGCUGGAUGGAUUUUGGUCGCCGUAGCGCCGAAGAGUACGAGUACUCCUCAUAAGGGGACAUUGCUGCUCCUGCCCCCUUCCUCCGUGCAGGCGCAUGAGAAAAGGCAGAAAAAAACCCUGCUGGCUGGCUCCUCUCUGUCUUAAAUAAAGGUCUGUCUAUGAUGUAAUUGUUGUAAAUUUGUUUGUAAAACUGUAAUAACGCAAUAUUCUUACUGUAUGCCAAAUUUUGCAGAAAGCUCUCUUUUGUUUGUUUGUUUUUGGGGUUGGGUGUGGGGGUUGUUUCUCUUGAUUCUUAAUCAUUUGGGAUGGAGAAGGUUUAUGUGUGGUGAGAUUACCUGAAUUGAAUAAAACAGCAAAAGCUGCUUCGCUGCUUUCA